GCAUAAAGGACAUCACACUGGAACCAACCAAGUAUUUAUCAAUAAUGGACGUGUACCCAGUUCUGUGCCAGCUAUUGUAGGGGUUAUAAAAAGUACUGUGAGACAUGGUGUCGGCCUUCAGGGAUCUUACCUAGUUAAGAGAGAAAAUAACAUGGGGCAACCAGAAGAUAAACCUCAUCCUAGUCAUUAUUUGUACGCCUGAGAUUUAAGAUAUAUAAGGGAUAAAUGAAGACUCAAAAGAGCAUUUUACAGCUGUGGAAUAGCUAUGACAUAACAUGCAUGCAUAUAUACAGCCUUAUGUAAAAGGUUUUAGCUGACAUUUGAGUGAUUCAGUAGUGUGAUAUGGCCCCUACAAAAGUGACUGAAAUUUUCAGCUGUAGUAAUUGAAGUGUAAUAUAGAGAAUGACAAAAAUGAGCACAAAGUAGGGUAGCCAGUCUUAUUUUGCCAAAUAAGAACACUAAACAAUAUCAGCUACCAACUACUAAUACAUUUCAUACAAGAAAGGUGAUUUUUAAAAAGUGCUCCAGGAGUAGGAAGAACAUGAUCUUCUAAUAGUCCUUUACAUUAAAUACAUUUAGCUGAAAUAAAAGGCACUAGGUGCCCUUAUUUUCUUUAGUUCAAGCCAGAAUCGUGAACAUUUUCAUUAAAGAACCACUGGGCUAACGGACCUGAGAUUGUGACUGGUCUUUCUGGUCCCUGCUGUGGCUUUGCCCCCUGCCUUUAAUUGCUUUAUUAUUGCUCCCUGAACCCUGAGCACAUCUUCUUUAUUCAAAGGCUGGGUAGCAGGUAGUCAAGUCAGGCUUCUUCUGCGAUGAAAAGAGUUGAAGGAAGUUAUAAAGAGAAAGUGUUGGAGACAAGUAUAGCAGCCAUUUGAAAUGUUUGAUUGUUUUGGGCAAUCUCUAAAUUGGUGAAUGGAAAGGGCAUUCCACCUUGCCCCAACUUAGAGAAGGGAUAUGCCAUGGUCCUUGCUUUUCCAUGCCUACCCUCUCAUCAUUUGUGUCAUGUUUUACUAUCAGUUGUAAUCUUAAAAUAUGGGCAUAGCUGAAAAUGUUGAUAAGGUAGUAUUUAGUACUCAAGACUUAUCUCAAGCUGCAGCUGGUAAUUGAAUUGCUUAUUGCUACUUUGCUUUUUAGAAUUAUUUUCAACAGUUUUCCUCCAAAAGAGUUUUCUACUGCAGACUCUGUCAGAUGGACUGGCUGAUCAUACUAUGUUUGAAAGGAAGUUUCCAUAAUUAUUUUUCUGGCCUCUAAAACAUUUGUCUGCAUGUUAGCUAUCCUCUGUGGAAAAUUGUUCUGUGCUUAGUUACAGAGAAUUCCUUAUGUGGAAACGAAACAAAACCUUGUCUUCCAUAAAAAGAGACUGUGAUUCAAUGGUGCUAACCCCAGAUUGGGCAGUAGGGGAGGUGGGCACACCAGAAAAGUGCCACUGUAAGCCAUGAGAUGUCUGGUCUGAAUUGGAAACCCUUCGUAUAUGGCGGCCUUGCCUCUAUUGUUGCUGAGUUUGGAACUUUCCCUGUGGACUUGACCAAAACGCGACUUCAAGUUCAAGGCCAAAGUAUUGAUGUCCGCUUCAAAGAGAUAAAAUACCGAGGAAUGUUUCAUGCCUUGUUCCGAAUCUAUAAGGAAGAAGGUGUAUUGGCUCUGUAUUCAGGAAUCGCUCCUGCUUUACUAAGACAGGCAUCAUAUGGCACCAUUAAAAUUGGCAUUUACCAGAGCUUGAAGAGAUUAUUUGUAGAACGUUUAGAAGAUGAAACUCUUUUAAUUAAUAUGAUAUGUGGGGUAGUGUCAGGAGUGAUAUCUUCCACUAUAGCCAAUCCCACCGAUGUGCUAAAGAUUCGAAUGCAGGCUCAAGGAAGCUUGUUCCAAGGCAGCAUGAUUGGCAGCUUCAUUGAUAUAUACCAACAAGAAGGUACCAGGGGUCUGUGGAGGGGUGUUGUCCCAACUGCUCAGCGGGCUGCCAUCGUUGUGGGAGUAGAGCUACCAGUCUAUGACAUUACGAAGAAGCACUUAAUAUUGUCAGGGGUGGUGGGAGACACAAUCUUAACUCACUUUGUUUCCAGCUUUACGUGCGGCUUGGCUGGGGCUCUGGCUUCCAAUCCAGUUGAUGUGGUUCGAACUCGCAUGAUGAACCAGAGGGCAAUUGUGGGACAUGUGGACCUCUACAAGGGCACUUUGGAUGGUAUUUUAAAGAUGUGGAAACAUGAGGGCUUUUUUGCACUCUAUAAAGGAUUUUGGCCAAACUGGCUUCGACUUGGACCCUGGAACAUCAUUUUUUUUAUUACAUAUGAGCAGCUCAAGAGGCUUCAAAUCUAAGGACUGAAUAUAUGUGAGUCAAGCCCUGCCAACCUUUCUACUCUUCUUUUCCCUUUUUCUGUGUUCUAAUGUAUUUUGACAAAGUUGUAAGUGUUUACUGAAUCAUUGGUCUCCCAAGGCCCUCCUGAUGGAAGAACGAUAGGAUGGUUCAAAAUUGCUCAUGUGUUUGUGUUGCCAUGUGAACUUUUCCCUGAGAGGGAGUAUUAACACUGAGACUCUGGCCCCAGCUUGGUAUCUUCUGUGAAGAUGGAUACUGAUAGAUGACACUCAAAAUGACCUUCUCUUCAAAUGUGGGUUAAAUGUAGUUUGUUAGCCCCAGACUUGGGCUAGAGCAGAAGGCAUAGGCCAGGGCAGUUACUGCUAUUUAUGUUACAGACCUCGGUUCUCAUUAAAGUAUUUAUUGGCAGAA